UCGGAAUUGGCCGGAACUGGUAAAGAAGAACGGUCAAAGAACGGGAAAUUUCUACUGCUUUGAAACCUUUUGAACUUUGUGGUUUGCAUCAAAAGUGGUUUUUUUUACGGAUCCGGAAAAAUGUUGCGCGCGAAAGCGCUGUAUCCGCACAAAGAGGGCGGGAGCAAAAGUAUGGUGCACAACUGGAGAUUCUAAGGGAAGAUGUUGCUGCUUCGAAGGUGUAGUAGCCCUCCCAAACGAUCGAAACCGAGCGGGAGUUGAACCGAUUCGAACCGCCAUCUUGGAAUAUAACCGUGCUUGAUCAUUGCUAGACCUUUUGUUCAAGGAGGGAACUGUCAGUGCACGUACACAUACAUACGUUCGAGUUAUUGUAUUUUGCGUGUUUUUUCUACUUUUAAACUCAAAUACGACGAAACAUAGACGAGAACCUCAAUUGUGGUUUUCCUAUUGUACCGUUUGCGACGUAUUCGUCUAAGGCUUAGUGAAUUGACUUUUAUAAAAGAAGCACGUACCACAAGCACGUACGAGUUUCUCUAAUCCGUUACAGCCCUUUUCGUUUCACAAGCAUUACGAAAGAAAUAUGAGUUAACUUCCUUUUGUCAAUAUAGUUGUACGUAUUAUAAAAUUUCGAUGCAUUGCCUGCCAUUGUAAUUAUGUACUUGUACACCAUAUUUUAUAUAAAUUGGCGUAAAGAGGGCUCUAAACAAGUGAAGCAUCUGAAAAUAGGGUGCGAAAGAGGUCGUUCGACCGUUACAAAAACUAUCGAAUAAGAGUAAAAAUAGAAGAAGCAACGAAUACUACAGAGUAUCCUGUAUCUUAAACUCAAAAUAGUAUCGAAUAAUGCAGAUAGCUUUGAAAAUAUGAGAUUCUCAACAUUGGAAGAACAGGAGUACGCGGUAGGCUUACCUAAGAAACCGCUACUUCAUACUGGACAGACCAUGAUGACCACUACAGAUACCAUGGAGAUGAAAGAGAAUAAUGUCUUCGAAGAAGGAUCUGUAGUAUCCAAUCUUCCUUUACUGUUUGCCAAUGGGCAUCCAACAUCGUUGGAAAAAAUUACAUUAACACAACUGGAACAUUUUGUAACAUUCAUGGUUCAGUGUUCGCUAGGACACGAUAAUACAGAUGCGAUUACUGAGCCACGAUGGUGGCCAAAAGAAGUGAAAUUCACAAAUCCUUUGGCAAGACCUAAGAGAAUUAAUGAAAACUGGAUGGCUAAUUUGAAGAAAUUGGUAUUUAGAUGCUACACGUAUCACAGAAGCGAAUAUUUGUUACGUUUUUGUUCGUAUCUGGCUCGGUAUCCACAGGAAGAUCUAGAGUAUGUUAACAACUGGGAUUCUACUACGAGCCUUUAUCACAAAAGUACUGGAAAAUUAUUAGUCACAUUUCGUAAUGAAAACAUGAACUAUGACAAGAGAUAUGAGAGUCCACGAAAGAAAUUACUCUCGUGUAACGGAGUUGCUAUUUGCAAUUCCAAUAAGUUAAAACAGCAGCAACAACAGCAUUCCAUUUUAAUGGUGGAACCACCAGCAGAAGACAUUUAUUUGUGCGAUAAUUGCGAUGCUGAGUUUAUAGGCCUAGAAAAGAUGAAGGAACACGAACGCAUGUGCUGUGAACAGGAACAAACCACAAAUAAUUGGCGGUCCACAACACCGGAUGUAUUGAAUGUGAAACCACCUGAGAUAAAGCAAGACCACUUCUUGGAAUACUUUCGAUUACGCCCGCCAAUAGCCAACACUGCGACGGUCACAGAGGUCCAUGAGGACAUGACCGUCAAUAACAGUGUCGCUGAGCGAAGUUCACGUCGUGUCCGUGGUUCUAUUAACUUUGCAAGAUGUCCGAGUAUCCCGUUUUCAUCUCCUGCUGGAAUGUUAUUAGCAAAAAAAUCGAAAGCUAUGACACAAGGCACCCAGCAAGAAAGAUUGGAGAGAAUAGAGAGACAUCUUGUUGCUCCUGUUUUAAACGGUUCAUGUAAACCGAAAUGGUUGGAAGCGGAGUUCAGUAACGACAGAUGGAUUGUAACGUAUAAACCAAACAAAGAAAAAAUUGUAGACGACUACGUGCACCAAUAUCAAUUUGUAAAUACUGUUAAGAGAAAGCCAAUGUUAAGUAUACAUUCGCAAUUGUUAUACCUUGCUUGUCGACCUGUAUAUGUUCUUCUGACACAGCUGACACAUGAACAGAUAAACGAUUUCAGACGAAAUCCGUUGAAAUAUAAGUGUGUUGACCAAAAGCCGUCUAUCGACGAUAAAGAAGCGUCAGUGAGAACGGUAGAAAAUGUUUCGCCGAACGUAUCAUCUAAACGCAAAGCCCCGAGUGAUGAAAAUGACACGAACUCGAUGGAGAAAGACUAUGAUGAGAUCCUUAGUAAUGAGGCAAGUGUAGGAAAUUUAUCUCUUUCCAGAGUCACAGAAUGCUGUGGCGAGAACGAUAUAACUGUAGAUCAAUCAAUAAAAGAAACAACUUUCUGCACAAAUACAUCGAACAGGAUUACAGUGAUCGACCUCUGUUCAUCAGACGACGAAGAAAAUUCAGUUCCAUCUGCACUCUCAGAUGAAAGUAGGAAACCAUUGAAGUUCAUCACUGAUGCAGACGUAACAAAAUCUUUGUUACAGAACCUCUCUUCGACGAAGUUUCAUUUAUCGACAAAUCCGAUAAAUCAAACAAGCGGACGGUCGAAUGGUAACAUUUUUAAUAACGAUAGCGAAACUUGUACAAGCAAAUACCGUAGUACAAUGUUGAAUGCGCGUAUGAACAUUUCCCCAAUACUUAGACCGGCACCAUAGUUCCUUCAAAACUCUGGUGCAUAAAUAUUCUCUGUACGCGCGUUACAUUUGUUACAAUAUUUAUUGUUUCUAUUUUACACGAUAAUUAAACAUUAAUAAUACUUACGUAAUACACGCAACUUCUAUCAUUUGCAGUGCAUUGUAAAGUUUCAUAAGAUCCUUACUAACGUUUGUAAAACACUAAAUCAAUAAAUUUUUCGGUAUUUCCAGUUGGUAUGUGUCUAAUCCGACGUUAUACAACAGAAUAUUGCGUGCACUUUUGAUACUUUAUGUAACGUUAUGAGAAAAAAGAAGAAAAAAAAGAGAAAAACAAGAAAACAAUAAAAUUCAAUUCCCAACCGUUUGCUUUUUGCGUAACCGUAAUUGUUCCUGCAAUUCGUUACACUCAUAAUAUUUCGAAUUUGUGUUUUAUACUCUCGAGCGAUAUUUUUGUCUUUAAUAUUACGAAGUUAAUUAUCUCGCUUUAAGAACACAUUUAUAUGUAGGAACAAGACAAAUAAAUCACAUAUUUUUA